AUGUGCCCUAGAAUUUCACGAAUCUUGAAUUUGGCCUACUUGAAUCUCGUUCCAAGCUUAAACUUAAACCCUUUUAGCAUAGCUACUCUCUUUUACGAGCCUUCAACAAGAACCAUGAUUUCAUUUGAGUCAGCAAUGAAGCGCUUAGGUGGCGAAGUUUUAACAACAGAAAAUGCACGCGAAUUCUCUUCUGCUGCAAAGGGAGAAACACUUGAAGAUUCUAUUAGAACUGUGGAUGGGUAUUCAGAUAUAAUUGUAAUGAGGCAUUUUGAAAGUGGUGUUGCCAGAAGAGCAGCGAUGACAGCUAACAUUCAUGUUAUCAAUGUUGGGGAUGGUUCAGGUCAGCAUCCUUCUCAAGCUCUUCUUGAUGUGUACACCAUUGAAAGAGAGAUAGGAAAGCUGUAUGGAAUCAAAGUCGAACUUGUUGGGGAUCUUGCAAAUGGGCGAACAGUUCGCUCUCUUGCAUAUCUUUUAGCCAAAUACAAUGAUGUCAAGAUCUACUUUGUCUCUCCGGAAGUUGUAAAGAUGAAGGAGGACAUCAAAGAGUACUUAACAUUAAAGGGAGUUGAAUGGGAAGAAAGUGCUGAUUUGAAGGAAGUGGCAUCGAAAUGUGAUGUGGUGUAUCAGACUCGCGUCCAGAAGAAACAUUUUGGAGAGAGAAGCGAUCUUUAUGAGGAAGCUCAUGGGAAAUACAUUAUUGAUAGAGAUGUAUUGGGUGUGAUGCAGAAACAUGCCAUUUUCAUGCAUCCUCUCCCUAGGCUUGAUGAGAUAACAGUGGAUGUAGAUGGGGACCCAAGGGCUGCUUAUUUUAGACAAGCUAAAAAUGGACUCUACAUUAGAAUGGCUUUGCUCAAGCUCUUACUUGUCGGUUGGUGAAUGGUGAUUGAUUGAUAUGCAAUGGUCAAUGGUCAAUGGUCAAUGGUCUUGGUUUGAAAGGGAGAGUCCUUUUGCUGAAUAACUACACUUUCUGUCUGGUCUCGU